AAAACCACGCGUUGUUUCUGCCCGGAGUCUCUCUGUUGUGGGACCGGUGGGACUGCCGGUCACUAAUGUCUGUAACACACUGUCGGUGUUUAGUGUGAUGGAGUUUCGUUGACUGAUAGAAACGAUCCGUGAAUCUGAUCCAGAGUCUCUGUUUACCGACCAGCGACACCCCGGGACUCCCCAGCACCAUGGCCGACAACAUAAUCAUCAGGGUACAAUCCCCGGACGGGAUGAAGAAAAUACCUUCUACCAAGAGGGAAACAGCUGCUGCUUUUCUAAAGAAGGUGGCCAAAGAGUUUGGGUUCAAUUCCAAUGGGUUUUCCAUUUACCUGAACCGCAACAAGACCGGAGAGAUCCUUUCCCAGAACAAAGCUCUGAGCCUGCUGAAGAUCAAGCACGGCGACAUGCUGUACCUGUUCCCUUCAGGAUCCUCCUCCUCCGGGGAGGUGAUGGACACCGCCACCCCACACUCAUCUUCAUCCCUCCCCUCCGUCUCAUCCUCCUCAUCCUCCUCUUCGUCCUCCAUGAUCCCCCGGUCCUUCUCAGCACCCCAGGUCCAGGAGGACGAGAUCGAUCAGUAUCUGACCAAGCAGGACGGCAAGAUCUACAGGAACAAAGAUCCACAGCUAUGUCACCAUGGUUCCCUGGGGAAGUGUGUGCACUGUGUACCGUUAGAGCCUUUUGACGAAGACUACCUGAACCACCUGGACCCUCCAGUGAAGCACAUGUCAUUCCACGCGUACCUCCGGAAGCUGACCGGCGGAGCGGAUAAAGGGAAGUUUGCAGCUCUGGAGAACAUCAGCUGUAAGAUCAAGUCUGGCUGUGAGGGCCACCCUCCCUGGCCUGAGGGGAUCUGCACCAAGUGCCAGCCCAGCGCCAUCACACUCAACAGACAGAAAUACAGACACGUGGACAAUAUCAUGUUUGAGAACCACACCAUCGCUGACCGCUUCCUGGACUUCUGGAGGAAGACGGGCAGCCAGAGGAUGGGCUACCUGUACGGCAGGUACACCGAGCACACAGACAUCCCUCUGGGCAUCAGAGCCGAGGUGGCCGCCAUCUACGAGCCGCCACAGAUUGCCACUCAGAACAGCCUGGAGCUGGAGGACGACCCCAAAGCUGCAGCUGUGGAUGAGAUCGCUGCCAAGCUGGGCCUGUGCAAGGUGGGCUGGAUCUUCACUGACCUGCUGUCUGAGGACACCAGGAUAGGAACCGUCCGCUUCACCAGGAACCACGAAUCUCACUACCUGAGCGCUGAGGAGUGCAUCACAGCCGGAUACUUCCAGAACCUCCAUUCAAACCCCUGCAGACUCUCAAGAGACGGACACUUCGGCUCCAAGUUUGUGACGGUGGUGGCUACAGGUGGUCCAGAUAACCAGGUGCACUUUGAAGGCUACCAGGUGUCCAAUCAGUGCAUGGCUCUGGUGAGAGACGAGUGCCUGCUGCCCUGCAAAGACGCUGCGGAGCUGGGCUUCGUUAAAGAGUCGAGCCCCGAGCAGUACGUCCCUGACGUCUUCUUCAAGGACACAGACAAGUUUGGGAAUGACGUGACGUUUCUAGCUCGGCCUCUUCCUGUGGAGUACCUGAUCAUAGACAUAACCACCACUUUUCCAAAGGACCCCCAGUACACCUUCUGCUCCACACAACGCUUUCCUAUUGAGAACCGAGAUAUCCUGAGAGAGACACAAGAUUUCCACAGUUUAGCAACGUACCUGUCCCAGUGCACCUCCACGGCAUUCCUGGACAUCGUGUCAGACUUCCAUCUGCUCCUCUUCCUCGUCACCAAUGAAGUCAUGCCUCUGAGAGACAGCAUCGGGCUGCUACUAGACGCAGUGAGGACCUCUAACGAGGACCUGGCCCAGACCUGGAAGAAGUCUGAGCAGUGGGCCACCAUCGAGCAGCUCUGCAGCUCAGAAGGCGGGCAGCCCUCCAGCUCUCAGGGUUACGGGGCCAUGGGGGGCCCCUCGGUCCCGGCCUCGUCCUCAGCCAUGUGGUCCUGCCUCCACUGCACCUUCAUGAACCAGCUCGGCACAGAGCACUGUGAGAUGUGCAGCCUGCCCCGCAGUUAAAGCCCCGCCCCCCGCCCCCCGGCCUGGUCUGACCCCCCCGGCCCCGGUCUGACGCCCCCCCGGCCCUCCUCUUAACUCGCCACUGACACGCUGCACCAGGACCAGUGAGACCGGACCCCCCUUUGUUCAGCUCCUCCCUCUGCAGCCUCUGUCCUGCAGCUGUUGGUGUGAAGGGAUGCUCGUUUACAUCACUGAGUAAAUCUGAUCACAGACUGUGUGUGUGUGUGUGUGUGUGUGUGUGUGUCCCUGCUGCAGCUCGUUAAGGUAAAGCACUUUUGCUGAGGCCUCGCCCCCAGUAAUCAGAUACAGAGGCUGAGAGUUCGGCCCCUCGCUCUGCUACGUCUUCUGGAACAACCUUGCUGUGUAUAAAUACAUUUGAAAAUGAUUCUGUUAUUUAAUUAAGCUUCUUCUUCUUUUUUUUUAUCUGAUUGUAGCGAUACCUUAAAAUUUUGACUCUUCAGCGUGGACUUCACUCAGUCAGGUUUUUAUAAAACAAAAAGCCCCUUAAAGUACAAUCAGAGGUCGAAGGUCAGACCUGAAACUCCUACAGUAACUCCUCUUGUGUUUCAGUAUUAAAUGAUGCUCCUCCUCUUCCUGUGUGCAGAAGUAACGCUCCUUUGGACUCAAACAUCUCUGGCUGGUUUGUUGGACUCGUAGCUUUUUGAUUUAGUGGUUUGAACUUGAGCAGACAUGAUAUGUAGCUUGUUAUCAGCUGUGUUGUGUCUCUGAUAAACUGCGAGGUGCUUUAGAACCAACUGGUGCUCGCCGCUCUCAGUCGCUCCUCACCUGCUGCUGCUCCUGUCUCCUCCUGGCGCCGGUCCAGAGGAGCCAGACCAGAACCAAUGCUCCUCUGCUGACGGGGGCCCCUCGGGGUCCGUCCAUCACUCAGCCUUCAAAGACUCCUGCUGCUCCGAGUGAGGGGGGGUGGGGGGGCUCACAUAUCUGCAUGCAGGUCAGAAACACGUUGAGCCUCUUCUGUCUGUUUCUGCAGAUAGUUUGAUGUUCCUGCAGCAGGAGACGACGUGAGGAGCUCAGAGGGAAACUCUGCUGUUUUAAGGUUUUGUUUUUGUGUCUGAGGGAUUAACGAAACCUGCUCACCGUCACUAAAGUGUUUCUGACAGGCUCAGAUUGUUCUAACUGAAUGCGACCCAACAGAGAAAUAAAAAUUUUCUUUACCUUUAGCUUCCUUUGGUUGGUUUGUUCUUCUGUGGCCUCUUCCACAUUGUUUAAAUCAUCUAAAUAUUCAGCCACGACACUGAAAAUCUCUCAGAUCUCAGCUCCUCCUCUCUGCCCUUCCACCAGUUUCCACUGGUGUUAAUUUAGAUUCAGACUUUCUGGGAUUUGACCCAUUAACAAAUGGAUCAAGUGUAGAUAAAAGAAAACAUUUUAUUUCUCUGUCUGCUCCUGUCUUUAAUGUUAGUAAUGAUGUCAGAUUUUAACUACAAGAUUGUUGUGGCUUAAAGAAUUCAUGACAAUAUUAUCACAAUAUCUAUAGAAACAAAAAUACUAUCAGUCUGAUUUAUAUUUAACUUUGUUUAUGGAUCAUUUUGUCUCUUUUUUUGGUGACUGAAAAACUCAAAAUGUGACUGAGAGCUAGAGAGAGUUACCAAAACUGUACAAAAAAAAACUUGGAUGAUUUACACAAUAUCAUGUGUGUUUCAUUUCUGAAACAUUAUGGUUAUAUGUGACACUUCUGAGCCUGAAAGAGACCCUUUUAGUAUAUUAAAGAUGGAGUUUGACUGAAGGAUCAUAUUUCAGUGUUGCUGACUGCAGCUCGCUCAAUAUUGAACUAAUUAGAAAACAUUGUUGUCCUCAUACGUCACUCAGACACAAAAACAUGGAAAUAGUAUCUAGGUAGAAAAAAAGUUUCCUUUCAAAUGGGUCAAACAGUCCAUUUAAAGGGCCAGUUCACCUUCAAACAAACACUAUUCUGCUCACUUGAGGUUUAUUUAAACACAGACAGUUUAUUUCUCUGCACUCUGUGCAGGUGAAGUGAUGAAUCAGAUCUGUGGUGAUUUUCUGUUAUUGGGAGAAAGUUGAAACUACGUGGAGACAGAAAACUUAAAACCUGGACAAAUUAAACCACAGAUAUCUCCAGUGGUUUACUGUAUUGUGAGUAUUUUAGUGAACUGGCCCUUUAACAGUCAGCAGCGGGCGAAUCAGGACAGCUGCUUGUUUUUAUUAUUUUCUGUUCCCUUUGAAUUUUCUUUCAGAUAUUGGGACCAAAACUUGAAUCAUUUGAAUCAUCUGGUUGCUCAUCAUCAACAUGUGAACAUCUGGAAACAAAAUGUGACUGAACGCUCGUUAAUAAUAAUAAUCACGCAGAGUCAGAAUCCAGGCUGUGGAGCUUUAAUUUAUCCACGUAUAAAAGCUUCACAGGUCAGAUAUCUGACAUGUGAUCGUGCAUGACAUUAAUGCAUUUGGAUUUUUCUAGCUGUCAUAUAAAAGACAACUGAUUUAUUUAAAGAAAUACUUAUUCUAACAGCUAAAAACAUGAAGCUGUCUGUCCAUGUUGUUCCAUCACGUCUGUUUGCUGCUGACUGAAACAUCCUCACAGCUUUUCUUACACUUCACCUUCACGCUGUUCACUCUGUUCACAACUCACUGUUACAUGAACCAGUUUGUGUUGCUGGUUGUCGGGGCGGAGGGUGCGGCAGCGGCAGCGCUGCAGAUCUAUUUAUGAGACGUGUGCUUCUUUGUAAGAGCUUGACAGUAAUUCCAUUGAUGAAGUGAGAAUAUAUUUUUAGUUGUAGGUUAAUUUGAAAAUGCUUGAAGAGACGGUUUGUGUUGUGACAUCACUCCGGCCCCCGGUGACAUCACUCCGGCCCCCCGUGACAUCACUCUGACACAGUGACCUUUUCCUUUUGUACGAGGACCCGGGCCGU